ACUUUAUAACCCAAUUAAGCAUUCGAUUCAUAUUAAUUACUUCAAUAGGCACCAAUUAAGCAUUCUGAUCUCUCUCUUGAUCUCUCCCUGAUCCCCCCUCUAUAUAUAAUAUACUUGACCAACUUUAAAGUCUCAAGUAUCAGUAAAGUAUUUUCUUUGGAAUUGUAUUACCUUGAAAAGAUGGGAGACAACAUGAGUGGCAACCUUCCUCCUGGUUUUCGAUUCUGCCCAACCGAUGAAGAACUUGUCCUUCACUUUCUCUUUCACAAGGCUUCACUCUUAUUGCCAUGCCAUCCCAGCAUCAUUCCGGAUCUGGAUCUUUGUCUGCAAUAUGAUCCUUGGGACUUCAAUGGCAAGACAUUAUCCAGUGGAAGGAUAUUCUACUUCUUCAGCAGGGUGACAGAAAAUCGAGUCACAAAGAAUGGGUAUUGGAAGGAUUUAGAUACUGAUGAAACUGUACUCACAAGUGGUGAAAAGAAAGUAGUGGGAAUCAAAAGAUAUUUUGUUUUCUGCAUUGGACAAGCUCCAGCCGGCUUUGAAACGUCUUGGAUAAUGCAAGAAUAUCAUCUUUACAACCACAGGGAUAGUGGUAAAUGGGUUUUGUGCCGAGUUCACGAGAGGGAACAGGGCAAUUUUGGAGAUCAUCACUACUACAGCGACAACGAAGAUAAUAGAACAGAACUUUCAAGCCCAGAUGAAGUCUGUCUAUCGAUCAUGGAUGAUGAUCUUGAUGAUCAAAUGAGUUUUGCCUAAGGAGUACUUAAUUUUGGCGUUGAAUUAAUGAGGAUUAACUACUGAUCAUCAUGUUAUAUUUAUUGUUAAUAUUACUACUGCUAGAUUAUCAUAUAUUAUAUGAGGAUGUUGAUCAUCAUGAUCUGAUCAUGAGCUUUAGACUGCUAUAAUUAAUUGUUAGGCCUCGCGAUUACUUUAGAUGUGAAGCUUAGUGAAAGAGUUAGAUUGAUAUCUAUUUUGGAAAUAUGAUGCAUAUAUGGGUUCUGAUCUUUUGUACUCGUUGAUUAUUAAUUAAGAGUAAUUAGGUUCAUAAAUAUCUAUUUAAUUUGGACAUGAUAAGAUCAUGUGGAUUAAUCUUUGUAUUGCCAAAGUGCAUUUGCUAUAAUUUCGCAUUUAAUGAAUACUAUCAGCUAGCUAGCUAAUUCAAGUGAAAUGGAGAGGAUUUAUAUAUUUCAGUCUAGUAAAUCUUACAAGUUGUAGAGAACAUGAAUCAGUUUAACAUCGUGAGGGGAGUAAUCCCCAGGUCAGGCCUAGGAAGUAGGCCUGAGCUUGGGUCUAAUGAUAAAGUAUGGACUGGGCCGAGUCGGCCUAAGAAGAUAAACAACCGAGCAGAGUACACUGACAAAAGGAUGGGAGGUAAGGCAUGACAAUCUGACACCACUACUGGCCUGUAGUCAGGGACAUCUCUUGCCCCUGACUCAGUUGCCUGGAUGGCGUAGAAGGAUGAACAUGCCUAACCAGAAUCAUGCCGCAUUCAAUGGAACAAGGAUGGGUAUGCCAUGCCAUGCCAGGAGCCACUCCGCAUUUAAUGCAUCCCGAGACUCGGCACGCCACGAUGUGCCUCCUGGAGUGUCAGUGAUAGCCCAGUAGAGUCUGAUCAGUCUGUGCAGCGGCAGGAAAGUGGCAAGGACACCCGACCCAUGUACGGAACUGCACACCCAUAAUCUCCACCUCGGGGACCAACCCAGUUAGGUAUAAAUACCCUCACCCACAGCCAGGGGAGAAGUUCACUCUCUUCAAUACUCAAACUCUCAUUCUCCUUAACUCAAUAUUUUCCUCUUGAUACCAUUCACUGACUUAAGCAUCGAAGCUACCACGGCUCCUGAGCCCCCACUUCUCCACUCUCUAUCUUAAAUAGGUUCCGGACCAAACAUGAUAUGGGAUUAUCCGCGGAUGUAAUUCUCUUUUUGGUCAGAA